AAGAGGAGGGAAACAGGAAGUGCUCGUCACUGCCACGGGAAUGGGUCUGAAAACAGAGAACACCUCGAUGAGGAAGAGGAGGAUGGUGAUGAAGAUGAGGAGGAUGAGAGCCCCCGGUCCUCUCGUGCGGUAGGAAGCUCAGAACCAGUUCGUCUCAGUGGUGAAAGGAUGAAUCCUGGUUUCCGGUCUGGAGCCGAUGCGUCAGGAAGGGCUCGGGCUUGUUGCUAAAUGGAGUCGGAGCAGCUGUACCACAGAGGCUACUGCAGGAACAGCUACAACAGCAUCGCCAGCGCCAGCAGCGACGAGGAGCUGCUGGAUGGAGCCGGCGCCAUCAUGGACUUCCACACCACCGAGGACGACAACCUGCUGGACGGAGACGCUGCCUCCCCAGGGUCUAACUACGUCAUGUCGAACGGGGGCGGAGCCGCCAGCAGCUCCACCCACCUGCUGGACUUCCUGGAGGAGCCCAUCCCCGGGGUCGGGACCUACGAUGACUUCCACACCAUCGACUGGGUGCGAGAGAAGUGCAAGGACCGUGAGAGACACAGGAAGAUCAACAGUAGGAAGAAGGACUCGGCCUGGGAGUUCACAAAGAGCCUGUACGACGCGUGGUCCGGCUGGCUGGUGGUGACGCUCACCGGCCUGGCCUCAGGUGCUUUGGCUGGCCUUAUUGAUAUUGCUGCUGAUUGGUUGAACGACCUGAAGGAGGGCGUGUGUCUGAGCGCCAUGUGGUUCAACCACGAGCAGUGCUGCUGGACGUCCAAUGAGACCACCUUCGCUGAGCGGGACAAGUGCCCCCAGUGGAAGAGCUGGGCUGAGCUCAUACUGGGACAGGCCGAGGGUCCCGGCUCCUACAUCAUGAACUACUUCAUGUACAUCUACUGGGCUCUGUCCUUCGCCUUCCUGGCCGUGUGUCUGGUGAAGGUGUUCGCGCCGUACGCCUGCGGCUCUGGGAUCCCGGAGAUUAAAACCAUCCUGAGUGGGUUUAUCAUCCGGGGCUACCUGGGCAAGUGGACCCUGAUGAUCAAGACCAUCACCCUGGUGCUGGCCGUGGCGUCCGGCCUCAGCCUGGGGAAGGAGGGGCCCCUGGUGCACGUGGCCUGCUGCUGUGGGAACAUCUUCUCCUACCUCUUCCCCAAGUACAGCAAGAACGAGGCCAAGAAACGAGAGGUCCUCUCUGCUGCGUCGGCGGCCGGAGUGUCGGUGGCCUUUGGAGCCCCGAUAGGAGGAGUUCUGUUCAGCUUAGAGGAGGUGAGCUACUACUUCCCUCUCAAGACGCUGUGGCGCUCCUUCUUCGCCGCCCUGGUGGCGGCCUUCGUCCUGCGCUCCAUCAACCCCUUUGGAAACAGCCGCCUGGUGCUGUUCUAUGUGGAGUACCACACGCCCUGGUACCUGUUCGAGCUCAUCCCGUUCAUCCUGCUGGGGGUGUUCGGAGGGCUCUGGGGAGCCUUCUUCAUCAGAGCCAACAUCGGCUGGUGCCGGCGGCGCAAGUCAACGCGCUUAGGGAAGUACCCGGUGCUGGAGGUGAUCCUCGUGGUCGUCAUCACGGCUGUGGUUGCCUUCCCGAACCCGUACACGCGUCAGAACACCAGCGAGCUGAUCAAGGAGCUGUUCACGGACUGCGGGCCCCUGGAGUCCUCGCAGCUCUGUCAGUACCGCAGCCACAUGAACGGCAGCAAGGCCUUCAGCGACAACCCCAACCGGCCGGCAGGGCCCGGCGUCUACGCCGCCAUGUGGCAGCUCUGCCUGGCGCUCAUCUUUAAAAUCAUCAUGACCAUCUUCACAUUUGGACUCAAGGUUCCGGCGGGCCUGUUCAUCCCCAGCAUGGCCAUCGGGGCGAUCGCAGGGAGGAUCGUUGGCAUCGCCGUGGAGCAGCUGGCGUACUACCACCACGACUGGUUCCUGUUCAAAGAGUGGUGCGAGGUGGGGGCGGACUGCAUCACCCCGGGGCUGUACGCCAUGGUGGGGGCUGCAGCGUGUCUGGGCGGUGUGACCCGGAUGACCGUCUCCCUGGUGGUCAUCGUCUUUGAGCUGACGGGGGGGCUGGAGUACAUCGUCCCGCUCAUGGCCGCCGUCAUGACCAGCAAGUGGGUGGGUGACGCGUUCGGCCGCGAGGGAAUCUACGAGGCGCACAUCCGUCUGAACGGUUACCCCUUCCUGGACGCCAAGGAGGAGUUCACCCACACCACGCUGGCCCGGGAGGUGAUGAGGCCGCAACGCAGCGACCCGCCGCUAGCCGUGCUGACGCAGGACGACCUGACCGUGGAGCAGCUGCAGGGCAUCAUCAACGAAACCAGUUAUAAUGGUUUCCCUGUGAUCGUGUCCAAGGAGUCCCAGAGGCUGGUGGGCUUCGCUCUGCGCAGGGACAUCACCAUCGCGAUAGAGAACGCCCGUCGCAAGCAGGAGGGCAUCGUGUUGGACUCCCGGGUGUACUUCACCCAGCACGCCCCCACGCUGCCGGCCGACAGCCCGCGGCCCCUCAAGCUGCGCUCCAUCCUGGACAUGAGCCCCUUCACCGUCACCGACCACACCCCCAUGGAGAUCGUGGUGGACAUCUUCAGGAAGCUGGGCCUGCGCCAGUGCCUGGUCACUCACAACGGGAAUGUGUUGGGCAUCAUCACAAAGAAGAAUAUAAUAGAACAUCUGGAGGAGCUCAAGCAGCACGUGGAGCCCCUGGCGGCUGCUUGGUAUCGUCACAAAAAAAGAUAUCCUUCGUCACAUGGCGCAAAUGGCCAACCAAGAUCCCGAGUCCAUUAUGUUCAACUGAUCUCCUCCUUCCAGGACGGGGAUGACAAGGAGCAGGAGGAGGAGCAGGAGGAGGAGGAGGAGGUGUGUCUCCUGGACGACUCCAGUCUCUGACAUUAGAUCUUUUUGUUUUAAAUCCUGAACCUCGCUGAGGGACUGAGACUUUUCUGCUCAGCGGCCACUGGAGGGAAAAGACUUGUUAUCGUUGUGGCUGCUGAGGUCACGAGGAGGUCACGGGUUGAAGACACACACACACACACACUUGAGGAAUGCACUUUUUACACACUUACACAGAUACAUUGAACAUGCAUGCUCUCUCUCUCUCCACACACACACACACCUGUAAAGUGGACAGCUUCACUCGUCACGUGCCUCACCCCUGUCCUGUCCCCGUGGUGGGCGUCGCCUGACAAAGGGGUCAAAGGUCAGAAUGAACCGCCGAUCGGAGGACGCGAUGAACGACCUUGAAAACCUCCCAGGCUUCAAACAUCCCCCCCCACAGACUCACCCCUCCUCCAGCAGAUGUUUACCUGUGACUUCAAUGUGUGUGUUAGAAUGUGUGUGUUUGUGUCCACUACAUUCCAGCCAGGUGACAAUGAGACGCUUUAACGAGCGUGAGACGCAGAGUCUUCAGAACUAACCCUAACCCAUUCAGAGGGAAGAGAGUGUGCGUGUGUCGCCUUGUGUGUUCAUUCAAAGUGAACGCGUCCGGCUUCCAUUUUGAAAUCUGCUACAGGAGAAAAUCAUCUCAAGCUAUUUACUCUCGCUGCGACGUUUCAUCCUUUGAUCUUCUGCUGUGACCCGUUCACUUUUUAUGGUUCAAAACAAAAUGGAGCUGGACAGGUUGUGAGUGGAUCAGGUCCAAGAUGGAGACGUGGACUUCAGGCGUCAGACACUCGAUGUAGAUGAUUAACAGUUGAUUAAUUAACACAAGUAGAAAAUUUGAUACAUUUUCUAACAAAACCACGUCAUUGAAUUUAGGUUUUAGGUUAAUAAAGGCUAACAUCCAAUUAAAGAGUCGACAUAUUAAACCAACCGACAAAAAAUAUACUACUUUAAUGCUCAAACAAGAGACAAAGAUCAAACCUUCCCACUUUGAAUCCAAACUGCCUCUGUUUCUAUGAUUAGUCUUUAUUCUCAAAAUGAAAGAUCUUAUUCAUUUGAAAAUUUCAGAUGUAUUCUCCUUUGAUGAGUUUUCUCUCAAAAUGGAAAAAAUUAAUUUUCCUCUAGUCAUUUUUUCUGUAAGCCCUCACCACUCUUCUGUAUAGUUACGAACAUUCACGCUCAAAAUUACAAAAUGAUUAUUUAGUAAAUAAAUUCCUGUCAUAUCCCAUGAACAUCAAAGGAAUUGGUGUCUGCUCGCUGCCUUUGAUCUCACUCAGUCAUGUGACUUAAUUUAAAGUUUUCCAGCCUCUUCACACUUUAUUCUGAAAAGCUGCUGCUCCCACUAAUUGAUCUCAGAGCAUGUUGUGACCCUUCAAAAUAAAAGCGCUGAAGAGGGGAAGGCACCUUACCUGUCGAGCGGCAGCGGGAGUGGAUUCGUGAACCAGUGGUGUUUCCUAACGUUGUAUUUCAUUCUGAUCUCAAUGCUUUUUCCUUUCUUUUAAUUUAUGGCUAGUGUCGAUAGAGUUGUGCAUUAUUAUCAAGAAUUUUAUGUAUGAUUACAUUGAUUGUUUGAUUGUACAUUUAAAAGAAAAGAUGUAAAGAUUAAAUUUUGUUUUAAAUUAAAAGGCGAAAACAGA